AUGUGCAGCACUGAAAAGCAAGCUGCCCAGUUAACUGGGCUCAAGUACCACCUGAACUUCAACAGCUGCCCAGAUGAGCUUUCCUACAGUCGUGGCAUUUCCUUCGUGCCAACAGCUCAGCCCAGCGCUGCCCUUGGCUCGCAGGUGGCGAUCAAACGAGUGGCUCGGGAGCGCAUCUCCUCGUGGGGCGAGCGGCCCAGCGGCACUCGCAUUCCCAUGGAGAUAGCCAUGUUGAGGAAGGUGCGCUCCGGCUGCAGUGCCAUCAUCCAGCUCCUCAGUUGGUUUGAGCUGCCCCACUCCUUUGUGCUGGUUCUGGAGCGUCCGGAGCCAUCGCAGGACCUCUCCGACUUCAUCAAAAAGCAGAGGUUCCUGCCCGAGGAUCUGGCGCGGGGCAUUUUCCUCCAGGUGCUGGUGGCUGUGCGGCACUGCCACAGCUGCGGUGUCCUGCACAGGGAUAUCAAGCCCAAGAACAUCAUCAUCAACUUGGCCACCAGAGAGGUCAAGCUUAUCGACUUUGGUUGCAGCACCCUCCUCAGGGACACGGUCUACACCACAUUUAGCGGUGAGCCCACAGCCCAGGGUGCUUCCUGUACCGGGCAGUUUGUGAACAAGAGUCACGUGCUGAUGACGAGGUGGCGGGUCACACCGAGUGUGCGUCCCCACGUCCGUGGGGCCAGCGGUGCAGCCCCUGCAUCCCUGGGGAUCCGCGGGCGAGAAUCCAGGAGCAGGCGGCAUCUGCCUAAUGAGGUGCGCCCGUAUCCUGUUGUAGGAACACCUUUGUACUACCCGCCGGAGUGGUUCCGCUGGCACUGGUACCACGGCCGUCCGGCGGCGAUCUGGUCCCUGGGCGUGCUGCUGUAUGAGAUGGUGUGCGGGGUCCUCCCCUUCCGGUGCUGCGAGGACAUCGUCAGCGGGCAGCUCUUCUUCCAGCGCCGGAUCUCUGUCGAAUGCCAGCACCUCAUCAGGUGGUGCUUGUCCAUGAGAGCUCGCGACAGGCCAUCCCUGGACGAUGUGUUCAACCACCCUUGGCUGCAAACUCCACUGCCCCAGGAGACAGCCGCCCUCCACCCUCACAGCCUGAGCCAGCAGCUGGGCAAGUAA